GUCCGGGGAUCCUAAAGCUCGGGAGACGAGAAACUGGAGCACGGUUUCUGGCAUGUUCAAAAGUGGUCUGAAGAUCAUGGGGAUCACCCCUGAUCUGUUCCCAGAGUCGGCGCUGGUGCCGUCUCUGCCGGUGAUCCCGUCGGCACGGUCCUCCUCCCUCCCUCAGAAGCCGCGGAGGCGCAGCAGCGGAGGCGGCGGCGGCGACAGCGCUGCCAGGCCCCGGCCUUUGCCCUCGGCCUGUAGGCCAGGCCCCAGCAGAGGCAGCAUGGAGGUGGGCAUGCGCGUUGUGCGCGGCCUGGACUGGAAAUGGGGGAACCAGGACGACGGCGAGGGCCACGUCGGCACCGUGGUGGAGAUYGGGCGGCAGGGCAGCACCACGACCCCGGACAAGACGGUGGUCGUUCAGUGGGACAGCGGCACGCGAACCAACUACCGGACUGGAUACCAGGGAGCCUAUGACCUGCUGCUCUAUGAUAAUGCUCAGAUUGGGGUGCGUCACUCCAAUAUCAUCUGUGACAGCUGCAAGAAGCAUGGCAUCAUGGGAAUGCGAUGGAAGUGCAAAGUGUGCUUCGACUACGACCUGUGCACUCAGUGUUACAUGAACAACAAGCACGACCUCAGUCAUCCUUUCGAACGCUACGAGACGGCACACUCCCAGCCAGUGAGCUUGACACCGAGACAGAACCUUCCUCGCAUCAUCCUCAAAGGAAUCUUCCAGGGAGUUAAAGUGGUUCGUGGACCGGACUGGGACUGGGGCAACCAAGACGGUGGGGAGGGUAAGGUUGGGAAGGUUGUGGACAUUCGCGGCUGGGACACAGAGUCUGGUCGCAGCGUAGCUAGUGUCACCUGGUCAAAUGGCACCACCAAUGUCUACCGAAUGGGCCACAAGGGCAAGGUAGACCUCAAAUAUGUGUUGGACGGCCAAGGAGGCUUCUAUUACAAAGAUCACCUACCUAAGCUUGGAGAGCACGCAGAGCUGCAGCGUCAGGAGAGUGCUGACGGCCACUCUUUCCAGCAGGGCGACAAGGUCAAAUGUCUCCUGGAGGUGGACAUCCUGCGACAGAUGCAGGAGGGUCAUGGAGGGUGGAACCCCAAAAUGGCAGAGUACAUUUGUCGAAUCGGGACCGUUCACAGAAUAACGGACCGAGGAGACGUCCGAGUCCAAUACAGCAACAACAUCCGCUGGACUUUCCACCCGGGAGCACUCACCAAGGUGAACACUUUCGGAGUUGGUGAACUUGUGCGAGUGCUGGACGAGAUGGAGACGGUGAAGAGACUGCAGGCUGGCCACGGAGAGUGGACAGACAGCAUGACUCCUGUCCUCGGCCAGGUCGGGAAGGUGUUGAAAGUAUACGCGGAUGGAGACCUGCGGGUUGCAUUUGGAGGCCAGACGUGGACGUUCAACCCAGCAUGCCUCACAGCCCAGCCCGCGGAGGUAGACGCUAACCUCAUGACGGCCGAGAACCCCAACGAAUCUGGAAGUACUGUCAUCUCGGUGCUGGAGAAGCUGCUGUCUCAGUCGACAGAGCAGGACAAUCCCAGCCGGCUGGUCAUCGAAGCGGCACACGGCAGCGCCAGCAAAGUGCGGGAGUUGGUGCAGAAGUAUCCCGACAAGGUGGACGUCAAGAACCAAGGGAAGACUGCGCUGCAGGUGGCUGCUCACCAAGGCCACAUGGAGGUGGUGAAGGCUCUGCUGCAGGCCAACGGCUCCGUGGAGGUCAAAGAUGAGGACGGAGACACGGCUCUGCACUACACGGCCUUUGGUAAUCAGGCUGAGAUUGCUCGGCUGCUGUUGAGCAAGGGGGCAAAUGUCAACCUCCUGAACAACUCCAUGUGCACGGCGCUCCACAUUGCUGUCAACAAGGGCUUCACUGACGUGGUGCGAGUGCUGACCGAACACUCAGCUGACGUCAAUCUCCAGGAUUCAUACGGGGACACGCCGCUCCAUGAUGCCAUUGCAAAAGAUUUCCGGAAUAUCAUUGAGAUCCUCGUCGUCGUGCCCAAUAUCGACUUCACUCAGCAGAACCACAGAGGCUUUAACCUGCUGCACCAUGCUGCACUCAAAGGAAACAAACUCGCCACAGAAAAAAUCCUCGCCCGAGCGCGUCAGCUGGUGGAUGUUAAAAAGGAGGAUGGUUUCUCCGCCCUUCACCUGGCUGCUCUCAACAACCACAGAGAUGUUGCCGAGGUGCUCAUCAAGGAGGGACGCUGUGACAUCAACAUCCGCAACAACCGGAACCAGACGGCGCUGCAGCUGGCCGUGACGCAGGGCCACACGGACCUGGUGCAGCUGCUGGUGGACGAAGGCACCGACGUCAACAUGGAGGACGAGGACGGUGACACGGCCAUGCACGUGGCCCUCCUGCGUCCUCAGCUGGCCAACAUCGUACUCGAACCCCCGGUCGGAACCAGCAGCACGGAGGAGAGCAGCGAGGGGUGCUCGUCCACKUCGCUCUACUGCAGGCUGAACUCUUCGGGUCUUCUGGGGAACACCGAGCUGAGCGUGGGCACGGCCCUCGCCUGCUUCCUAGCACAGGAAGGAGCUGAUAUCAGCUACGCCAACCACAAGGGCAAGAGUCCUCUGGAUUUAGUGGCGGACAGCRCCAUGCUGCAGCUCAUCAAGGGCUUCUCUGAAAAGUACCGGUUGCAGCGUCUGCAGGCCAUCACGUGUGGACAGGGCCUCAGCAGUGCCAGCCUGCGGCGGGUCCACACCACACCCAACACCAUGACCAACCUGGCCCUCCCCACGCCGGCAGGGCCCAGCGAAUGCCUCAUCUGCUCCGAGCUGGCUCUGCUGGUUCUCUUCUGCCCCUGCCAGCACAGCGUGGCCUGCGAAGAAUGUGCCCAUCGCAUGAAGAAGUGCAUCAAAUGUCAGGUCACCAUCACCAAGAAGAUACGACAAGACCAAACAGAAGUGGACUGCAGCCCCGGCACAGAGAACUCUGAGCAGCACAACCUGCUGGAGCAGCUGCAGUCGCGCUACCGCCAGAUGGAGGAGCGCAUCACCUGCCCCAUCUGCAUCGACAACCACAUCAAGCUGGUCUUCCAGUGCGGACAUGCCUCCUGCAUCGACUGCAGCGCCGCGCUCAAGACGUGCCCCAUCUGCCGGCAGACCAUCCGGGAGCGGAUCCAACUGUUCGUCUGAGCCGGGUCCUGACCGGCACACAGAGGGGUCACAGGAAGGGGGCUGCAGAGAGGUGAGAGUGUGUGUGAGGGGGCGUAGCACAUUGUAUUACCCCCCCACCCCCAAUAUCUGCCAGUCGCCGUCCUGCACCGCGAUCGAACGCUCGCUCAGCAACGUAACGGCGUGUGAUAGUAAAGCUGAGAGUCCAGCGUUUUUUACAUUUCGGUUAAUUUUCCUUUGGAUCUGCAGAGACAGAAACACAUCGAUCACUUUUAAUUUAAUUUCCUGUCGCGGAACUGAUUCUCAGCUGAGUCCAAGAUGAAUCGACUGUCAGGAGGUGAUGCUGCAUCUUUAAAUCCUCUGAUCGGAAAGAUCGGAAAGUAAAAGUCCCGUAACACUUUAUUUCUUUGUCUUUUUCUCCCUGAACUCAUGUAAUCUGUCUGAUCUUUGCUGCUUCAUGUGGAUGUCUGUUACCCAUCAUCCUCUGUGGCUUUCUGGCCUCUUCUGUUUACAAGUCUGUCCUGAGAUCAAAUCACAUCCUCUUUCUCCCCCAGCUUGUGAAUUACAUUUCUCUCAUUUGUAUCAAACUCUGAAUACUCAACRUUAGUCUCUGCAGAGAGUUGGCGCAACUCACAGCUUUGUAGCCCGAAACACUUGUCUGUCUGCAAGGAGAAAAAGAGCCUGGAUAUGCACGAGGAUAUGCAUAUUGUACAGCUGAAAAUGAUUGUCGUCAUUAUUUUUUGUGAUUUUUAUUUUUUGUUGUUGUGGUUUCCAGUGUAUGUAUGAGCUGAGUUCAGGUUUUUAUUUAUAAAAGGUGGUUUUGUUUAGUAAUUUUGCUUUGCAAAAAAAAAAAAAUGUUUUUGUUUUCUACUAAAGUUCACCCCAAGCCUAUGUCCUCUACUCAGGGUAUUGAAUCACUGAAAGCACUCGAGAUAUCCAUAAAUGUUUCAAAGAUACACCUCCCAGACUCGCGUCAUAGCAGGACAGAACGAUGACAGAGGGUCACUGAGAGGGAAAAACGAUGAACUUAUCCGUGAUGGAGAAACUCAAAUGACUUUUCAGAGUAGAUUCUUCAAUAACAACCUGUUUUUUCCUCCAAAAAA